AAGACGGGGCAAGAACGAGAGCGCGGACUCCGGCAAAACAGAUCCGUGUUUUGCAGCUUUAAUGUACGAGCAAGUGCACCGAUUCCCUGCGCACACAUACAACUGGUCCGGGAUGGAGCGCCAGGAUUCCGGUAGCAGCCGGCGGAGUGCGACACCUGCGCCGUGUGAGCGGGGGUCGUACGGCGCGCUGGGCGCCCUGCUGCAGAGCGCGAGCCCGAGCGCGAGCCCGGCCAAGCGGCAGGCGGUCAAGCGGCACCACCACAAACACAACCUCAAGCACCGGUACCAGUUCCUCGAGACGCUCGGCAAAGGCACUUACGGCAAGGUGAAAAAAGCUGUAGAAGGGUCUGGAAGAACGGUGGCCAUCAAGUCCAUCAGAAAAGCGAGGAUAACGGAUGAACGAGACUUGAUGCACAUACGCAGAGAAAUCGAAAUAAUGUCCUCCCUCAAUCACCCGCACAUCAUUGCCAUCUAUGAAGUGUUUGAGAACAAGGACAAGAUUGUUAUUGUGAUGGAGUACGCUAGUCGGGGAGACCUGUAUGACUACAUCAGCGAGCGGCAGAAACUGUCCGAGCACGAGGCUCGCCACUUCUUCAGGCAGAUCGUCUCCGCAGUUCACUACUGCCACAAGAAUGGGAUAGUUCACAGAGACCUGAAGCUGGAGAACAUUCUUCUCGAUGGAAAUGGUGAUGUGAAGAUUGCAGAUUUUGGUCUCUCGAACCUGUACUGCGGGGAUGAAUACCUGCAGACGUUCUGCGGCAGUCCGCUGUAUGCGUCCCCAGAGAUCGUGAACGGCCAGCCAUACAAAGGGCCUGAGGUGGACAGCUGGUCCUUAGGGGUGCUGCUCUACACCCUGGUGCAUGGCUCCAUGCCCUUCGAUGGCCUAGACUACAGAAACCUGGUCCGGCAGAUCACCACCGGAGAGUACCGCAAACCCCCGAAGCCCUCUGAAGCCUGUGGUCUUAUCCGCUGGAUGCUGAUGGUGAACCCAGAACGUCGGGCCACUUUGGAGGAGAUUGCUGGGCACUGGUGGCUGAACUGGGGUUACCAGUGUCCCCUUCCGGGUGAGAGUGAGCCCACAGCCGACCAGUCAAGCGGGACGGUGACGCAAACAGGAGGACUAGCUGGUAUUGCUGACUGGCUGCGCCGCAACUCACGGCCACUUCUGGAGAAUACCUCCAAGGUGCGCUGUCUGCUGCGGCCGCAGGGGGGUGGCGAUCUAGUGCGGCAACGCUCGCUGAGGAGGUCACGGAAGGAGAAUAACGUUGCCCAGAUGAGGCAAGAUGGAACCUCCGCCAGGCCUUUCAAGGGCAUCUUGAAGAAAAGGGGAAGCUUAAGACAGAAGGCCACUGGUGAGGCUCAAAGUGCUGAAGCUGGAGCUCCAAAGCCUGCCGCGGGGCUUCCGAGCCCUGCUCCACCCACGGCAUCGCUCCCUCGCAAGGGCAUCCUGAAGAAGCCCGUGGAGCAGGAGUCUGGCUAUUGCUCUUCCCCGUCCCCAGAGAGCUGCGACUCGACUCCAGCUUUGCAGCCCCCACACUGCCCUGCUGCCCAAGGGCCUCCGCAGCCUAAGGGCAUCCUGAAACGGAAUGGCAAAUUCUCUAGCUGCCACCCACAGGACUUUGGCUCCCUGGACCAGCUGGCCUCUGGUCUCCACCUUGGGAGCAGGACCCGACCCAGUGGGGCUAUCAGUGAGGACAGCAUCCUCUCAUCAGAGUCCUUUGACAUGCUGGACCUACCAGAGAGGGCAGGGCCAUUGGGCAAGACCAAGCGGAGCACUGGCGGGGCCAUGCGAGGCUGCGUGUCCGCCGAUGACCUCCUGGGGCUCGACGUGGAGGAGCGGGAUGAGGACAGGGGUAGCUUGUGGGCCACGCGUUACCAGAGGGGUGUGGGCGACAGUGCCUUUUCCCUCACUGACUGCGAGAACGUGACGGAGGCCUACAGGCGGGCUGUGGAGAGGUGCGGACACAACAGAUGAAAGGAACACGAACCGAGUGUUUGUCACCGUCUCCUCAAGACACACGAACAGACAGUGCUGAGAAGGCCAGCGUGCUUAAGGGCCCGAAACCUGCAGUGGACAAUUUGGAGCUUCUGUGAGAGCAACCAGUGGUUGUGCCUGUGUGUUCAAGUCACUCCAGCUGGGAGGGAAGGAUAGGAAGUUGUGCGAAGGUAGCAAUCGGAGUAUCUGUGCGGGUGGAAGUGAUUUCGUUUGAGAAGGAACCUAGGAGUAAUAGCAGAAGUACAUGGUCACCAAUGGGGCUCUGUUCUUUCAAGGGCUGCCUUCACUUUUUGGGUUUAAAUUCAAGCGGUGUAAUGUAAUCCCAUAGAACAUGCAAAAAAUGCUUUGCGUUUGCCCGCAAAGCAAGACCGAUGAAUAUUACUGGAUCGUAAUGAGGUUAAGAAUGCGCAUUUCUUCAGAAAUGAUCUUGGAGUAGUCUUGAACUGAACACGUAAUUUCAGUUCUGUCUUCAUUUCCGUUUUAAUUGUU